GUUCCAGGUAGUUCUUUGACCCAUGCACUGAAACGGGUGGUCACACACAUAUAGCAUAGGAAGAGGUUGAGAAAUACAAUACCAAAACACAUGUUCAAGUCCACGCUACUAUUAUGGCUUCGACCACGACACAUUAUGUACACGCCACCACCACUUGCCAAACGGACAGGAUUGUUUCGCUGCAAGUCUUGUAAAAACGAAUGGAAUUCUAACUCUGUGUGGGUAACCAAAACCACCCAGCGCGUAUAUCAAGGUGAAUCGUGUGAGCAGUGUGGAACGACCAAUAAGCCAUACUAUGUGGGGAGGCCGGUGGAAACGAUAUUUAACCGAGUUCGAACCCCACAUCCGGUGAAACCAGGGGCUUCUACUAGCCGACAUGAAAGGAAACUGAAGCAUUUACGUUUCAACUGGCAUCUACAGAGGGGAAGAAGAUGAAACACACUCUCAUAUAUAUAUAUAUAUAUUUUUUUUGGGCCUCAUGAAAGGUGAAAUGCAGGACGGUAAAGACUUUUCUGCCUAACACA